AUGGCUGACUUGGACUUGGAUGCUUCUUUCAUCCCAGCUCUUCACAAACCAGCUGCUUUACUCCCAAUCGCGAAACACCGCGACAGCCUCUUGUAUGUUAUCGAAAAACAUCCCGUGACCAUUGUUAUCGGUCAAACUGGCUCUGGAAAAACAACACAAAUCCCUCAAUUCCUGGAACAAGCAGGAUGGUGUUCAGAAGGAAAGAUCAUUGGCGUCACUCAGCCUCGCCGUGUCGCGGCAACUACAGUCGCGGUAAGGGUCGCAGAAGAGAUUGGCUGUGAGCUAGGCAAAGAAGUGGGAUACUCAAUACGAUUCGAAGAUGUGACCUCGGCCUCGACGCGAAUAAAGUUUCUCACAGACGGCCUCCUCAUCAGAGAGGCGCUUGUUGACCCAUUACUGACGCGCUAUUCUGUCAUCAUGGUCGAUGAGGCACAUGAGAGGUCCAUUAGCACAGAUGUCCUGCUUGGCCUGCUCAAGAAGAUCAUUCGGAAGCGACCCGAGUUGCGCAUCAUUAUCAGUAGUGCUACUCUACAAGCAAAAGAAUUCCUGGAAUUCUUCACAAGGAGCAGCGAUGACCAGGUCAAAGACAAGCAAGACAAAAAAGAUGAAACCGGAGCCAUUGUUAGUCUUGAAGGCAGAACAUACCCUAUAGAUAUCCUCUAUCUGGAGUCACCAGCGGAGAAUUAUGUUGAAAAGGCCAUUGAUGUUGUUUUCGACAUACACACUCAAGAGGGAGAAGGAGAUAUCUUGGUCUUUUUGACCGGCAGAGAGGAAAUUGAUAAUGCAAUACAGGCAGUGAGUGAGCGAUUGAUGGAUCUCAAUCCGAAAUACGGACCACUGAUGCCGUUGCCGUUAUAUGCUGGCCUGUCGACCGAGCAGCAAAUGUACGUGUUUGACAAGCCACCUGAGGGCACUCGAAAAGUUGUCUUCUCCACAAACAUUGCCGAAGCAUCAGUCACAAUCGAUGGAAUUGUCUUUGUGGUGGAUAGCGGGUUCGUGAAGCUGAGAGCUUAUGACCCGAGGACAGGUAUCGAGUCACUCACUGCUACACCGGUUUCUAAGGCAGCUGCAUCUCAACGUGCCGGUCGAGCUGGCCGAACAAAGCCUGGAAAGUGUUUCCGGCUCUAUACUGAGCAAAGCUAUCAAUCGCUUCAGAACGCUAAUAUUCCUGAGUUGCAAAGGUCAAACCUUGCACCAGUGAUUCUACAGCUCAAGGCUCUUGGGAUAGACAAUAUCGUACGAUUCGAUUUUCUCUCUCCCCCGCCAUCUGAGCUCAUGGCCAAGGCACUCGAGUUGUUAUAUGCUUUAGGGGCCUUGGAUGAGUAUGCUAAGCUGACUCGACCCUUGGGCUCGAGAAUGGCCGAGCUGGCAGUCGAACCCAUGAUGGCCAAAACGCUACUAGCAGCGCCGUCAUUUGGAUGUCUCAGCGAGAUGCUGACAAUCGCAGCUAUGACAAGUCUUGGCGGUAGUGUAUGGUUCUCUCACGAAGGCGAGCGAAAGAAGAUGGAAACAUCACGCAGGAAGUUCGCUGUGGAUGAGGGUGACCACUUGACUCUUCUGAACGCCUACCAGGCUUUUGUCACCAAGGGGCGGAAAGAGGCAAAAUUCUGUCAUGAGAACCACCUCAACUUCAAGUCCAUGAGUCGAGCGGUCAGUAUUAGAGCACAACUAAAGCGGUAUCUUGAGCGAUUCAACAUCAAUGUGGAUGAAACCCUUGCCGGUCCGGUAUCGUCGGAGGCCAACGUCAAAAAAGCAGAGCAAAUCCGACGUUGUCUUACAUCUGGUUACUUUGCACACGCGGCAAGGAUGCAGCCAGAUGGAACGUUUCGAAAUGUUGAGGGCAAUAUGGUGUUGCAUGCGCAUCCAAGUUCACUCAUGUUCAAUCGCAAAGCAGAUUGGGUUAUCUUCCACGAAGCGAUGGAGACGGGAAGCAAGAUCUUCAUCCGGGAAGUCACUAAGAUCGAGAAGGGUUGGCUUUUGGAGUAUGCGCCCGAGUUUUACAAGAUCACCACUGACCGCCGCGGAUGA